UGCUGAAGAUCAGUAACUUCCAGUUUCUCGUGAUUUAAUGAAAAAGUCAACCAAUUGAAUCUCUCGUCUUUUAUGUUUACUUGCAAAUCACCACCUGCAUUUGAGAUAUUGUUGGCCAAGUAAUUGCCCGGCCAAAAAGAACAGAAGGAAGAAACUCCAGCCUGUUUGAAGUUGAACCCAUGUACUUGAAUCCAGUUUUUGGGGUUACUUUAUACUUGUACUCCUACAUCUUGCUCAGUUUUUGUGAUCAUCAUGUUAUAGUUUUCGUUAAUGGCGGUUACAAAACCCCAGCAACUGCCACCUAUGACAUAGGUGAUGUAGCUAUAAACUGUGGCUCUGUUGGCAACUCAGCUGCACUUGACGGCCGUGAAUGGAUUGGAGAAGCAUCCUCGAAGUUCAUGCCUUCACUGCAACCAAGGGGCAAAUCAAGAAGCUCAACUGCACUUCAAGAAUCGUCAUUGUCUGUUGAUCCAGUUCCCUACACGACAGCAAGAAUCUCUGCCACUCCAUUCUACUAUACAUUUCAGGUCAGUCCAGGUCAGAAAUUUAUUCGCCUCCAUUUUUACCCUGCUUCCUAUCGAGGCUUUGAAAAGUCUAUGGACUUUUUCACUGUUAAAGCUGGUCCAUUCACCCUCCUAAGGGACUUUAGUGCUUCGUAUGCCGCUGAUACUUCAAGUGUCAAGUACCUUGUAAAGGAAUUCUGCGUGAAUGUAGAAGAAAAUAGGGAAUUGAACAUCGUUUUUUCCCCCUCUCUGAGUAGCAAGUCAAGAAACACAUAUGCUUUUGUGAAUGGUAUCGAGUUAAUUUCAAUACCGACUGGUCUUUACCACACACUUGACGGUGAUUUGGGUGCCCGCAUUGUUAAUCUGAUGAAUCGAUUCCAUGUCAUCGACAAUAGCACUGCACUUGAAGUGAUUCAGAGGUUGAACAUUGGCGGGAACUCUAUCUCACCAAUAGAGGAUUUUGGCAUGUUUCGAAGAUGGAGUGAGGAUGCUAAUUACUUGCUAGAACCUGCUGGAGUUCACCAAGUGAGUCAUUUGGCAAAGAGGAUUAAAUACACAAACAUGCCAGCGUUCAUUGCACCACCAAAACUUUACCAAACCUCCUGGAAAAUAGAAAGAGAUGCAAGAGCAAACAAGAUGCACAAGCUUACAUGGAGAAUACCGGCAGAUUUAGGCUUUGGAUACUUGGUCAGGCUUCAUUUUUCCCAGUUUGGAGCAGAGAUGUCAACAAACGAGCAAAGGGAAUUCAGAGUCGUCAUAAACAAUCAUAUAGCUGAGGCUAAGGCUAAUGUGAUCGAAUGGAGUGGUGGCGCUGCGAUCCCAGCAUACAGGGAUUAUCUAGUCAAGGUGAAAGGAGAGACAGAAGGAAGGAAUUGUGAUCUCUUGAUUUCCCUAGAGUCAUUUGAUGUGUUUGUUUUUGGACUUCUCAAUGGAGUAGAGAUCUUCAAGUUGAGCAACCUUGAAAACAGCCUUGCAACUCCAAUCCCUACAUUUCCAGAAAGAGUCUUGCCCUCUUGGAACCUGAAAAAGCAAUAUGUUUUCUUAGCUCUUGGCCAAGGCAACUUCCCAGUGACUAGUAGUAUGACAAUCCUCAUUAUUCUAGUCAAUAUAGCCGUCUUUAACUUGAGGCAGAUGUGGAAAGAGGAAUUUCACCAGGGAAAGGACACACAAACGACGACAACUGAAGCAUCCUACCGUUGCUUUUCACUCUCCGAGAUCGAAUCAGCAACCCAAAACUUUAACGAGGCAUUUGUUAUUGGACAGGGUGGAUUUGGUAAAGUGUACAGAGGAGUCAUCCAUGAGACUUCUGAGGUGGUUGCCAUAAAGCGGUUGAAAUCAAAAUCCAAACAAGGAGCUCAUGAGUUCUGGACUGAAGUUGGAACACUUUCCAAACUCCGGCACAUACAUCUUGUCUCUUUGAUUGGUUACUGUAACGAAUCCCAAAAGAUGAUCCUAGUGUACGAGUACGUGCCGUGCGGAACUCUUGCUGAUAACCUGUAUAAAAAUCGUAGAAACAAGACAGCUUUUGUUCCUCUAUGUUGGGAACAAAGGCUCAGAAUCUGCAUUGGUGCUGCUCGUGGACUUGACUAUCUUCACACUGGAACAGAAUAUGGGGUCAUACACCGAGAUGUAAAGGAUACAAACAUCCUCUUGGAUGAGAACUUUGUAGCUAAGAUUUCUGAUUUCGGGCUGUCCAAACUCGAAAAGACGAGCCAAUCAAAGAGCUAUGUGAGCACCCGAGUAAAAGGCACAUUGGGUUAUUUGGAUCCAUACUAUUUUAGGACCCAUCAACUGACAAGGAAAAGCGAUGUAUUUGCCUUUGGCAUCGUUUUGCUGGUAGUUUUAUGUGGGAGACCAGCAAUGGAUACAGAAAAUCUGGAGCAACGGAGUCUUCUAUCUUGCUUCCAAGAAUGCAUCAGCAAAGGAGAAAUUGAUGAGAUUAUUGAUCGUUUUCUUCAGGGUAAAGUUUCACCAAAAAGUUUAAAGAUCUUUGUGAAAUCUAUUCAAAAUUGCUUGCACAACGACCCCAAAGAAAGACCUACAAUGGCUCAAGUGGUGGUAAGCUUGGAAGAUGCACUGAAAAGGCAAGAGAGUACUAAUGUUUCUGUGGCAGAAAUGGCAACCAUUCCAGGGGAUGCACAUUGGGACAUAGGGAAGCCAAUAAAGAAAAAAGAACCUUGCUAUCAUUUUCCAAUUGAUGACAUCCGAGCAGCAACAGACAACUUCAGUGAUCGUACUGUCAUCAUGCAAGAUGCAUUCAGGAAGGUGCAUCGAGGUUUUCUGCAAAAUAUGCAAAGAGAAGUUUGCAUUUACUGGUUUAAGCAAAAGGUAGAAGAAGAGGAAGUUCUAAAAUUCGGCGAACAGAUGGAGAUGCUAUCCCAACUGAGACACCCCAAUUUGCUUUCCUUGCUUGGGUAUUGUUACCAUGAAAAUGAGAUGUACCUUGUGUUUGAUUACGUUGGCAAUAGAACUCUCUCCAGCAAUCUAUACAGGAGUAGAGAAAAAGGUCCACUGAACUGGAAGUGUAAACUACAAAUUUGCAUUGGUGUAGCAAAAGCUCUAGAUUACCUUCACAAUGGUACCCAGAAGACAGUAAUUCAUAUGGACCUCAGGCCAGCAACCAUUCUGCUGGACAUCAAUUGCGUCCCAAAAGUUUCUAAUUUUGGGCUGUCUAAAAUAGGUCACAUCGAUCCCUGGGCAAAGCAGUCAGCAGCUGGGGUGGUCUCAGAGACACUGGAUCAUAUGUGUCCUGAAGAUAUAAGCCUUGGUGUACAAUGUUUAACGGAAAAAUCAGAUGUGUACUCAUUUGGUUUGGUGUUGUUGGAAGUACUAUGCUGCCGAAGGUCAUUGAGCAAAAACAGUCUUCGAGACUCAGUUAGAAGAAGCAUUAGAACCAAAACACUUCAUCAGAUAGUAAACUAUCUGGAAGGUGAAGUUGCAACAGCAUGUCUGGCUGAAUAUUUGAAAAUUGCAUUUAGCUGUUUGCAAGUUCAGGCAGCAAGACGGCCAUCAAUGGACACAGUCGUUGAGAAACUAGAGUUUGCACUGCAGUUACAGGAGAAUGCAGAAGCAACAAAGCCAGAGGUGAAGGGGAAAGGUCAUGAUGGUUUCAAGUUGGAGGACAUUUACAAGCAAAUACCAAAUCUUACUUCUACAAAGCCGAAAUGGAAACGGCCACUUCUGUUUUCGGUUUGCCGAGAGUGAGCUGAACAACUUUGUGCUUGUGUUACUUGAUAAGUCUUCGAUUCUAAAUUCUAAUGUUGCAUGUAUGAAGAUUGAAAUCAACAGUCUACUUUUACGUAUCAAGAAGUUGAGUUGUCUUACUGAAUAAAAACCAAUGUUGAGUUGUCUUGUUGGAUAAAAACCAAUGUCAUGUAACAAGAUGGUUGCAAGUUUUAGUUGACAUUCCUCUACCAAAAUACAUUUUUGUGAUGGUUAGAUA